UCGCUAUCGCUAUUCCCACGCAUUGUGUUUAGGGCUUAAAUGAAAAAGGCCGGGAUGACCACUCUCAGUGUGACUGUGAGAUAUAAAAGUCAAAGACUAUGUCGUGCAAAAUGGAACUUAUAAAAACCGUUUUAGAGAAAGUGGCAAAUGGCAAGGGCUUUGGUCGAUGCAUGAAAAAUGUAAAAAUGUAAGAUGGGAAGUGCAAAGCACAAUUUACAGUGGCUGAGGAACAUUUGAAUAUUGGUGGUUUCUUACAUGGUGGUUUUACUACUACUAUUGUAGAUUGUGUAUCUACAUAUGCAUUAAUGACUUACAAAACUGAUCAUCCUCCUGGUGUUUCUGUAGAUCUGCACGUAACGUUUUUGAAGACUGCAUUUCCUGGUGAAAUAGUGGUGAUUGAUGCUAAAACUAUACGUGCCGGGAAGAAUUUGGGUUUCCUGGAGGUAGAGCUCACAAAGAACGAUGGUAAGGAUGUUGUUGCUCGUGGGCAACAUACAAAGUAUCUUGGAUUGUAAUAUCCACAUAGGCAAUGAAACUAAAGAUUAUCAGCUUGAUCAAAAUGUGGAUAAAUAUACAUAAAAUAAAGAGAG